AUGGCGUUUAUCAACAGGUUGGCUGCGAAGCACAUGUGCCCCCUCUGGAUCAAGGGUCAAGUCCGAGAGGCGUCUCAUUUCCAAGCCAGGAAGUUGCAGCAGCAGAAACAGCAACAGCAACAGCAAGAGCUCAUUGCAGCCAUCUCGGAAAUUAAUUUUGGACCGCAGGUUAUGACUCACCUGAAUAUCCCGCCUUUUUCUGCUUUUCUCUUCGAAGAGCAGCAGCAGCAGCAGCAAGAGGGCAGCGGCAGCGUUGACUUUGAGGCUUCAUCUCCCGAGAUGGCUGUGCUGCUCAAGGAGACAGUCGCUCUUGAGGAGACAGUGCUGCAGCAGAUGGAAGCGUUGAUUGCCUUACUUGGAGAAGGGCGUUUCGAGCCGCUCUUCCCCCUCGUGAACCCCACAGAUAUCUUCCAAGUAGAUGCUUCUGCGGCUACGCACCAUCAGCAGCAGCAGCAGCAGCAGCAGCUGCAGCAGCAGCAGCUGCUGCAGGAGGUGCAGCAGGCAGUUCGCUUUCUUCCGGAGAAAGAGCAAACGCGCAAGGCGCAGAAAAAAUUAAUGCGGGGAGCAGAAGGCAGGGGCCUCUUGGUUCGGCGGAUUGCGCAGAGGUUGAAAACAAUCGACGACCUUGUUCGGCAAUGGCUGUCUCUACCCUCGUCAGACACAUCGGCAGUCUACUCUGCCGUGCAGCAGCAGCUCUUGCACCUGCUGACUCAGCGUUUCUCUGGCGCAACUGCAGCAACUGCAACAGCAACUGCAGCAACAGCAACUGCAGCAACUGCAGCAACUGCAGCGCAACGCCCUUGCGGCACUCCUGCGGAUUCUGCGGCGAUGGGCUGCAGUUCCAGCGGGGAUGGUGACAUGUUGUGGGAGGCUGAUGCUGCGCAGCUGCAAGCCAAGUAUCUGCAGCGUCUGGGCCCCCUACUGUGUUCAAGCUGUACAGUCUUUGACGAUAUGACUGGCGAAUGUUUGGGAGGAGGUGGCGGAAUCGAGACGGAGCGCAUGCGGCGGAGAAACAUCUCUGAGUGCUUGCGGCGUGCUGAGUCGUACCAGCUUUUCCUGUCUUUCGAGGAUCCGAACAUGCGGAAGGGCGCUCCUGCUGCUGCGGGGGAAGCUACGGCGAAUUCUGCUGCAGCCGCUGAUGGCAUGCCUGGAGACUACGCAGCAAGAGCUGCUUCGCGACUCCAGAAGAAAGCCUAG